GUGGUGACAGUAGCGCAGAGUCGCUGAUGAAUGUGCAGCAAAUCCAGGCUACUAAUAUGGCAUUUGCUGCUAUUUUGGAAUCUGGAGCUGUGGCGACCUGGGGGCAUCCUGAAUACGGUGGCGACAGCCGCCAUGUCCAUUGUCAGCUGAUGAGCGUAUAG